AUGGUUUCCCAUCCUCCUCAACCAGGCCCAUCGAACUCACGAUCCUCGCAAGCACCCAACCAACGACUCUCCAGCGAACCUCCCCAAACACUCAAGCUUUUGCUCAUCGGCUCUUCAUCAGUCGGGAAGUCGUCAUUGCUAUUAAGGUUUACAGAUCAAGUAUUUUUAUCUGCAGAAGAAUCGUCAGCAACGAUUGGUGUUGAUUUCAAAUUCAAACUGAUCGAUCAUAAGGGGAAAAGAUACAAAUUGAGCAUCUGGGAUACUGCUGGUCAGGAACGGUUCAGGACAUUGACGAGUAGCUAUUACCGCGGUGCCCAAGGGGUUUUGCUAGUUUAUGACGUCACAAAUCGAGCAUCUUUUGAAUCGUUGCCUUCAUGGUUUAGUGAAUUAGAUACAUUCGCCCAUUCACCACAAGAUGUAGUGCGGGUGAUUGUUGGAAACAAAGUUGACAAGGAUGAAUCCAGGACCGUUUCUACUGAGGAAGGCCGGGCAUUUGCGAGCGAUAACCAUGCGAUGUUUUUCGAGACGAGUGUGAAGACCAGGAAGGGUGUGGAUGAAGUCUUUGAAGCCGUAGUUGAUAAGAUCAUAGACUCCAUUUCUCUACAACAAGCUAGACAAGGCUACCGCAACGACGGAAGAACUUUACCUGGCAGUAUCGACUUGGAUGCUUACAGCGACGAUGAUCAAACCGGAAGUUGGUGUAACUGUUAA